GAAGUAGAAUCAUUGUUUACGUUUUCUGCUGACGUCACUUACCCCGUAUGGCGCGCUGGAUUGCAAUGCAGCUCUUUGGUGUCUAGUGAGUUGCACUGCAGAAGUUUUGAGUCUUUUUAAAGAGCUAACAUUAAUCAUGUCUGUAAAUGAGAGACUGUACAACUGUGAGGAUCCUGCUGUUUGGAGAGGGAUUUAUGGAAAAUACUGGACUGUGGUUGAAGCCAAAUCAGCUUCUAAGAAGGGGAAGGGGGCUGGAAAAUUGUUGGCACUGGACAAAUGGUUUCAGGAAGAGCUUCCUGCAGCGAUCUCGGAUCGCUCCGAGCGUUCCCUCACACAUGCUGAGCUUGCUAAAAUCAUGGAGUGGAAAUUAACCAAAGGAAAGUUCCGCCCACGUUUGCAGCAGCUGAUUGGCUCUAACAGCGAGGAGGAGGUUCAUAGUUUGACCAGCGAAGCAUUCGGUUUGCUGCCCGACGUCCGUGCAGCAAUUACAAAGUUAACCAAACUCAAAGGUGUCGGGCCAGCGACAGCAUCAGCCGUGCUGGUGGCCGGAGCUCCUGGUGAAAUCGCCUUCAUGUCCGAUGAAGCGGUGGAGAGCAUCGCUGAGCUAAGGCCGGUCGAGUACACAGCCAAACAUUACGCUCUUUAUCUUCAGAAAAUGCUGCAAAAAACAUCACAGCUUAACCAAGCUGACGACCAGAAGGACUGGACUCCUCAUAGGGUGGAGCUGUGCUUAUGGGCGUGGACGGUAGCCAAUCAGAUUCAGCCCUCAUUAUUACAGGAAUUCAGCCUAAUAAAUGUUGCAGACAAGGAGACCAAUGAGAAACCAGGGAAGAGAAAGAGAAGUGAUGAAAAGCCAUCGAAGAGAAUAAAGACAGAUCAUUCUUAAAGUCAGAUUACAGCGACAUUUCUCUUCAUGCGUUUAUGUGCUGUAUCAUGAAGAUUGUGUUUCUUUGUGACAGUAUAACAGUUCCUUAAAAUGUUUACUGUUAGUUUGUUCCUGGAUCUUAUUGUAUUCUUUUCUAAAUUGUUGAUAUAAUUGUCGUUUAAAUGUUUUCAAUAAAGCAAUGAAAGUGA